AUGGCUGCGUCCUUGGCGCGGCGCUUGUGGCCUUUGCUGACUCGUCGGGGGCUCCGGCGCCGGGGAGGCUGCAUCUCCAACGAUAGUCCAAGGAGAAGUUUCGCUACAGAGAAACGAAACCGGAACCUCCUGUACGAGCAUGCGCGCGAGGGCUACAGUGCACUCCCUCAGCUGGACAUAGAGCGGUUCUCCGCAUGCCCAGAAGAGGCCGCACACGCCCUGGAGCUCCGCAAGGGGGAGCUGCGCUCGGCGGACCUGCCCGCGAUCAUCUCGACAUGGCAGGAGCUGAGGCAGCUGCGGGAGCAGAUCCGGAGCCUGGAGGAAGAGAAGGCAGCUGUGACUGAGGGAGUGCGGGCCCUGCUGGCAAACCAGGACAGUGGUGAAGUGCAGCAGGAUCCCAAGUACCAGGGUCUGCGGGCACGUGGCCGGGAGAUCCGGAAGGAGCUUGUUCACCUGUACCCCAGGGAGGCCCAGCUUGAGGAGCAGUUCUACCUGCAGGCGCUGAAGCUGCCCAACCAGACCCACCCAGACGUGCCCGUCGGGGAUGAGAGCCAGGCUCGAGUGCUCCACGUGGUCGGAGACAAGCCAGUUUUCUCCUUCCAACCUCGGGGCCACCUGGAAAUUGGCGAGAAACUCGACAUCAUCCGUCAGAAGCGCCUGUCCCACGUGUCUGGCCACCGCUCCUAUUACCUGCGUGGGGCUGGAGCCCUCCUGCAGCACGGCCUGGUCAACUUCACAUUCAACAAGCUUCUCCACCGGGGCUUCACCCCCAUGACGGUGCCAGACCUUCUCCGCGGAGCAGUGUUUGAAGGCUGUGGGAUGACACCAAAUGCCAACCCAUCCCAAAUUUACAACAUCGACCCUGCUCGCUUCAAAGAUCUCAACCUGGCUGGAACAGCGGAGGUGGGGCUUGCAGGCUACUUCAUGGACCACGCCGUGGCCUUCAGGGACCUGCCAGUCAGGAUGGUUUGCUCCAGCACCUGCUACCGGGCGGAGACGAACACGGGACAGGAACCCUGGGGGCUGUACCGAGUACACCACUUCACCAAGGUGGAGAUGUUUGGGGUGACAGGCCCUGGGCUGGAGCAGAGCUCACAGCUGCUGGAGGAGUUCCUGUCCCUUCAGAUGGAGAUCUUGACAGAGCUGGGCUUGCACUUCCGGGUCCUAGAUAUGCCCACCCAGGAACUGGGCCUCCCCACCUACCGCAAGUUUGACAUUGAGGCCUGGAUGCCAGGCCGAGGCCACUUUGGAGAGGUCACCAGUGCUUCCAACUGCACAGACUUCCAGAGCCGCCGCCUCCACAUCAUGUUCCAGACCGAGACUGGGGAGCUGCAGUUUGCCCACACGGUGAACGCCACCGCCUGUGCUGUCCCCCGCCUCCUCAUCGCACUCCUGGAGAGUAACCAGCAAAAGGAUGGCUCAGUGCUCGUGCCCCCUGCCCUCCAGCCCUACCUCGGCACUGAUCGUAUCACAGCCCCUACCCACGUGCCUCUCCAGUACAUCGGCCCCAACCAGCCCCGGAAGCCUGGGCUGCCUGGCCAGCCUGCUGCAUGCCCAUCCCAGGACGUUUUCCCAGCUUCCCAGGCCACAACCCUUCAGGUUAGCCUCGACUUUUAUCUCAUAUCCACAUCCACUUCAUUAGCAACCCUGGCAACACCGCCUUCAGAAUAUUUCCAGAAUCUGGCCAGGCACAGUGGCUCACGCCUGUAAUCCCAGCACUUUGGGAGGCUGAGGCAGGCAGAUCACCUGAGGUCAGUUCAAGACCAGCCUGGGCAACAUGGUGAAACCCCAUCUCUACUAAAAAUACAAAAAUUAGCUGGGCGUGGUAGUGCAUGCCUGUAAUCCCAGCUACUCGGGAGGCUGAGGCAGGAGAAUCGCUUGAGCCUGGGAGGCGGAGGUUGUGGUGAGUGGAGAUCGCGCCACUGCACUCCAGCAUGGGCUACAGUGCGAGACUCCUUUUAAAAAAAAAAGAGCUGGGCAUGUUGGCGGGCGCCUGUAAUCCCAGCUACUCGGGAGGCUGAGGCAGAAUUCUUGAACCCGGGAGGCAGAGGUUGCAGUGAGCUGAGAUCACACCACUACGCUCCAGCCUGGGCGACAGAGUGAGACUCCGUCUCAAAAAAGAUUUCCAGAUUCUGCCUACUGUUCUCUCCUCCCUGACCCCACCUUGGCCCUGCUCCCCGAUCCCUCCCCUUUGGUUAACCCUGGAAGCCUCUUCACUGGCUCCCUGCUCUCCAUCCUUGCCACACAGCCAGAGGGACCUGUGAGCGCCUCAGCUGGGUGUCCCACCCCUACUCAGAGGUCUCCUGUGGCUUCAUCUCAGAGUAAAAGGGUAAAGUGGUCAUCGAGGCCCCUAAGACCCCACCUGAACCGCUCCACCUUCCUCGUCGGCCCAUCUUUCUGUCUUGCUCGGUCCACCCGACCCGCCUUGAUGUUGAAACUCUCCAAACUCCUUCCUGACUCGUGCAUUUGCAUCAGUGAGUCUCCCUCUCUGGCUAUCUUUCCCCUAGAUGGUGUGUGCUGGCCUCCAUCUUACCACUCAGGCCUUAGCUCAAAUGUCACCUCUUCCAAGAAGUCUUCCGUGACCACAGUAAAACCCCCCCCCAGCACUCAGUAUCUACAUCUGAGAUAUUUUUUUUUUUUUUUUUUUUUGAGAUGGAGUCUCACCGUCCCAGGCUGAAGUGCAGUGGUGUGAUCUUGGCUGACUGCAACCUCUUGAGAGAUUCUUUUGCCUCAGCCUCCCGCAUAGCUGGGAUUACAGGCAAGUGCCACCAUGCCCGGCUAAUUUUUUGUAUUUUUAGUAGAGGCAGAGUUUCACCAUGUUGGCCAGGUUGGUCUUGAACUCCUGACCUCAGGUAAUGUGCCCGCCUUGGCCUCCCAAAGUGGUGGGAUUACAGGCAUGAGCCACCACGCCCGGCCUGAGAUACUAUAUUUUUGAUGCAUUUCUGCCUUCCUUAAUAUAUAUUGAUGUGUGUCAAAUACUAGCUCCAGGAGGACAGAGGUAUCCACCCAUUGGCUCACUGCUGUAGCCUCAGGUCUAAAAGAGGACCUGGCAUGUAGUAGAUGCUCAACAAAAAUUACUGGACUGAAGAUGCUUGGACGUGUGCAGUUCCCAGUACCACGCACUUCCCUAAACACCGUACACACAACUAUUUAAUCCUCACUGUCCAACUGUAGAGUAGGUUGUCACCAACCCUAUUUACAGUGAGGAAACAGGUCUUAGAGAAGUUAAGCGGUUGUCCUGGGCUGCACAGCUGGCAUGUGGUGGAGCUGGGGCUUAGGCCAGAAGCCAACUGCAGCCUCUGAGGAAGCAGGUUUAUGAGACCCACUCUCAGCCAAGCAUAGUGGCUCACCCACGCCUGUAAUCCCAGCACUUUGGGAGGCCCAGGUGGGCGGAUCAUUUGAGGUCAGGAGUUUGAGAUCAGUCUAGGCAACAUAGCAAGAACCCCUCUCUACAAAAAAUGAAAAAAAUUACUGUGGCAUGAUAAUGCAAGCCUGCAGUCCCAACUGAUCUGGAGGCUGAGGCAGGAGGAUCCCUUGAGUGUGAGAGUUUGAGGUUGCAGUGAGUGUUGAUUGCGCCACUGCACUCCAGCCUGGGCAACUAACAAGACCCUGUCUCUUAAAGAAAAAGACCUACUCUCUGGAUGAGAAAACGGGCCCAGGAAGGGAAGGAGUUGCCUGAGGUCCAUCUGUGAGUGGCUGCCUCUGGGUUCCCACCGAGGUCCACCUGCCAGCAUGGAGGGCAAGCGUACCAGACCCUGCUGCUCUGGGAAGAGAUCCCCCUCAGGCCUGUAAUCCCAGCACUUUGGGAGGCCCAGACGAGAGGAUCACUUGAGCCCAGGAGUCUUGAGACCAGCCUGGCCAACAAAGUGAGACCCUGCCUCUAC